AUGACUAAACCUAAAAUUGUUGGAUAUUUUACUGCAUGGUCAAUUUAUGCUAGAAGUUUUAAUGUUUCUGAUAUUGAUGCAACCAAACUGACACAUAUAAAUUAUGCAUUCUUUAAUUUGGAUUCUAAUGGUAAAGUUUUUUCUGGUGAUAAUUGGGCAGAUACCGAUAAACAUUUUGAAGGUGAUUCAUGGAAUGAGGAAGGAAAUAAUUUAUAUGGAAAUUUAAAACAAUUGGCUUUAUUAAAAAAAAAAUAUCGACAUCUUAAAAUUUUAAUUUCAAUUGGUGGAUGGACCUGGUCAACAAAUUUUGGUUCGGUUACCGCAAAUCCGGUUACCAGAAAAAAUUUGGUUGAUUCUUUAGUUAAAUUAGUUAAAGAUUUUUAUAUUGAUGGAAUUGAUAUUGACUGGGAAUAUCCAAAAACUCCUCAAGAAGGAGAAAAUUAUGUUAAAUUAGUUCGAGAACUUCGAAUUGAAUUAGAUAAUUAUGCAAAGGAAAUAGAAGAGAGGAUACCAUUCCUUAUAACAGCAGCUAUGCCUUGUGGACCUGAUAAUUAUAAUAAAAUUCCAUUAGAAGAAUUUAGUAAAUAUGUUAAUUAUUUAAAUUUGAUGGCUUAUGAUUUUUCCGGAUCUUGGUCUGAAAUAACUGGUCAUCAAUCAAAUUUAUAUGAUUUUCUUGGAAUCCCUUUAUCGGUUAAUAAAGCCGUAACUGAUUAUUUAAAAUCUCGAGUACCUAAAAAUAAAAUUGUGAUUGGUAUUCCAAUGUAUGGUAGAGCAUUUGAAAAUACCGAAGGCAUUGGUGCUAAAUUUAAUGGUAUUGGUUCGGGUUCAUUUGAACCUGGAAUUUAUGAUUAUAAAGUUUUACCACGUGAUGAAAAUUCCAAAGAAAUAUAUAUAGAGCAAUUGGGUGCAAGUUAUAGUUAUAAUCCUGUUACCAAAGAACUUAUAACAUAUGAUUCACCUCAAGUAAUUGGUGAAAAAAUUAAAUUUAUCAAAGACAAAAAAUUAAAUGGUGUAAUGUUUUGGGAUCUUUCUAGUGAUUUAUCAACCAAUAAUACUAGAUCUUUACUUUUAAAUGCUUUUAAUGGUUUUAAUUCAUUAGAACAUUUAGAUGAUAGUGUAAACCAUUUAAAUUAUCCAUUAAGUAUUUAUGAUAAUGUGAAGAAACAAUUUAAUUAA